CCCAGAGGAGCAGCCACACAGGGAAAAAAAGUUAAAAUCAACUCAGCAAAGAGAGGAGGGAGGGAGAGAGAAGAGAGAGAGAGAAAGAGGGGCGAAGAAAACGCCCUGGAAACUUUGCUUGAUCGAAAAGUUGGAGAAGUGAUAGAAUUUCAUCAGACAAAGUUAAGAAGCGCUCAUCUUGGGCUGGGGUGAAGGGGAAGGCGACAACGUUUUCAAGGAUGCUCAAGCUUGUGUGAGGCUUCUCGGGCGCAUCGUGUGCGCACAGAAGUCAAGAAAACAAGAACCAACGCAUCGUACUGAAGCCCUUGGCCUCGCUUGAGCUAUCCAAGGAAAACCAGGGAGUGACAUUCUUUCCCGCCAGGGCUUGAACAAACAAGAAAUAAAACAAGAUGGCUGAAGAAGAAGAAACAAGGGAAGUGCUCUUUCCAGAUUGGGAAGGUCCAGAUAAAACUGGGCUGACUAUUGAACAGACACGGGAAGGAGAGAUCUUUGUAAAAGAAGUGAAAGGAGAGUCACCUGCAGCGCGAUCUGGGAAAGUAUAUGAAGGUGACCAGAUUGUGGGUGCAACAAUCUAUUUUGACAACAUGAGCUCAGAAGAAACAGCUGAGCUGCUGAAGACACUUAACCGUCACAAGGUUGGAUUGAAACUACAGAAUAAAGACAAAUCCCCAUGCUGCUCUCCCUUGAGAUCACCAUGUCGUUCCCCAAUGGGUACUUUGACAUGGGAGGGAAAAUUAGGAAGCUCCAGUCCAGACAUCAUUCUUAGUGGAGAUGAUGAGGACUAUAAAAGGAUUUACACACGGAAGAUCAAACCGAGGCUUAAGUCUGAAGACCUUGCAGAAGGCGUAGAUGUGCGUACGGAGCGGCAUAGCAGCACAAGUAGUGAUGGCAGCACAAUUACGACUGUCACACGCCGCAUCACCACUUAUACUGUGGACAUGCCAGUUGGCAUAAGUGAGCACCUUGAAUUUUCAAGCCCAGAUUUCAAGGGGCAAAGGCAGGAAUUAGGGGAUAGUUCUUCAGGAAUAAGAAUUUCACAUGGCAGCCCAACCAGAAUAGUUGGAGCUGAAGGAGGAGUUUUGGAUAUAGGCAAGCUAAGGGAAAGUUCAAACACUGGUAGUAGGCAUGUUUUUGUGGGAGCGAUGGGACCAAGUGAGGUAUUCAAAACUGAUAAUGAGAAUGGAGGGUCAAUUCAUGCAUCUGUAACAGAAAAAGGAAGACAGAUUAUUGUGACAUCCACAGAUAAAACACAAGGGGGUGAGGGAACAAAUGUGAAUUUACCUGAAUCAGGCUCUAUUCAUAUUCCCAACAUUUCAUUGAGUGGAGGUUUUGCAGAUGCUGCAAGUGAAUUGAAAGGGCCUUCUGCAAAUACAUCUGUCAGCAUCCAAACUAAAAAGUACCACGUUCACGGUCCAGGCAUUAGUCUUGAGCAGAAAGAGGGAGAUUUCAAAAUGCCUCAGGUAAAUAUAACAUCACAUAUGACAAAGGGUUCAAAUUUUGACAUGAAACCACACGACAUUGACAUUAGUCAGACUGGCCCAGAGAUGAAAGGAAAAGUGAAUGUAUCAACUCGAAAGAUGGAUGGGAAAGUAAAAAUACCAGAUGUGGUAAUCCAGGGUCCAGAGGUAGACAUGGAAGGACACAAAGGCGAUGGAAUACAGUUUGGUAAAGAUAUUCGCAAAUCUGAAAUCUCAGGCCCAAGUAUUACUAUGCCAAACGUGGAACUGAAUCUGAAGGGCAACAAAGUUAAAGGUGAAAUAGAUGUGUCACCAGGACAUAUCAAACAAAAUAUAGACACACCAGAGAUUGAAGUGACAGGCAUAAAAAUUGACAAUGACACAACGGGUAAUAUUGACUUUUCCAAAAUAAAAUUGCCAACAUUUGGUUUAAAAAGUCAGGAAGCCCAGGGCCCAGACAUUAACAUAAAUCUGAGCAAGGCUGAGAUUGAUGUCAAAGGCCCUGAGUUUUCAGGCCCAAAUUUGACAGAGGCAGUAAACAUCUCAGGACCAAAAAGCUCUUUGGCUAAAAUGGAUGUCAAUCUAAAAGGUCCAAAACUCAAAGGGGACGCACAUGUGUCUGUCCCAAAUAUUGAUGGAGAUAUCAAGGUGCCUGACAUUGACAUCAAAGGCCCAAAUGUAGACAUUAAGGGUUACAAGGCUGGUGAUGUUGAUAUCAACCUUCCUAAGGCUAAUAUUGACAUUAAAGUCCCUGAAGUAGGUGUAAGUCUCCCCAAAACUGACUUAAAUAUCAAGGGUCCAAAUUUAGAGAUUGAACCACCAGAUGCUGGCAUUGACAGUCAACGUUGGAAGCUCAAGGGACCCAAUCUGAAGAUGCCAAAAAUAUCAGGUUCAAAUGUCAACAUGCCAAAUGUGGAUUUCGAUCUUCAAGGCCCUAAUUUCAAAGGUGAUUUGGAUGUGUCAGUUUCAAAUGUUGAGGGGGAUAUCAAAUCACCGGAAAUUGACAUCAAAGCCCCAAAGAUUGACAUCAAAGGCCCAAACGUCGACCUUGAGGAUCCCAAGGGUGGAUUUAAAAUGCCCAAAAUUAAAACGCCAGAAUUUGGCUUCAAAGGUCCUAAACUAGAGGGUCCUCAAGUUGACAUCAACCUUCCCAAGGCCAAUAUUGAUGUCAAAGUCCCUGAAGUUGAUGUCAGUCUUCCCAAACUGGAUUUAGACACUAAAGGCUCAAAAUUAGACAUUGAAGGACCAGAUGUUGAAAUUGACAGUUCGGGUUCGAAGAUCAAGGGACCAAACCUUAAAAUGCCAAAAAUCUCAAAACCAAACAUUUCAAUGCCAGAAAUGGGUUUCCAUCUGAAAGGUCCUGAACUCAAAGGUGAUGUGGAUGUAUCUCUUCCAAAAACUGAGGGAGAUAUUGAAGCACCAGACGUGGCCAUCAAAGGCCCAGAAAUUGACAUUAAGGGCCCUAGUGGUGGAUUUGAAAUGCCCAAAAUUAAAAUGCCAGCAUUUGACUUCCAAGGGCCAAAAAUAGAGGGCCCUGAUGUUGGUAUCAAUCUUCCAAAAGCUAAUGUUGAUGUCAAAGUCCCUGCAGUGGAUGUUAGUCUCCCUAAAACUGAUUUAGACAUCACGGGUCCUGAUGUUGAUGUUGAAGUACCAGAUGUCGACAUCGGGAGUCCAGGUUGGAAAAUAAAAGGACCUAAACUGACGAUGCCAAAAAUCCCAAAGCCAAACAUCUCAAUGCCAGAAAUGGAUUUCCGUUUAAAAGGGCCGAAACUAAAAGGGGAUGUUGAUGUAUCAGUACCGAAAGUUGAAGGAGACAUUGAAGCACCAGAAGUAGAUAUCAAAUGCCCAAACAUUGACAUUAAAGGUGCCAAGGGGGGAUUUGAAAUGCCCAGAAUCAAAAUGCCAGAAUUUGACAUGAAAGGUCCAAAAUUGGAGAGUCCUGAUGUUGACAUCAAUCUUCCAAAGGCCAAUAUUGAUGUAAAAGUCCCUGAAGUUGAUGUCAGUGUCCCUAAAGCGGAUUUAGACAUCAAGGGGCCAGAUUUUGAUGUUGAAGUACCAGAUGCCGACAUUGGGAGUCCUGGUUGGAAGAUAAAAGGACCUAAACUGAAGAUGCCAAAAAUCCCGAAGCCAAACAUAUCAAUGCCAGAAAAGGGAUUGCAGCUAAAAGGUCCAAAACUCAAAGGGGAUAUUGAUGUAUCGAUACCAAAAGUGGAAGGAGACAUUGAAGCACCAGGAGUGGACAUCAAAGGCCCAAAAGUUGACAUCGAGGGCCCCAAGGGUGCAUUUGAAAUGCCAAAAAUCAAAAUGCCAGAAUUUGGCUUAAAAGGUCCAAAUAUAGAGGGUCCUGGUGUUGCCAUCAACCUUCCCAAGGCGAAUAUUGAUGUCAAAGUCCCAGAAGUUGAUGUCAGUCUCCCUAAAACUGAUUUAGACAUCACAGGUCCUGAUUUUGAUGCUGAAGUACCAGAUGUCGACAUCGGGAGUCCAGGUUGGAAAAUAAAAGGACCUAAACUGAAGAUGCCAAAAAUCCCGAAGCCAAACAUAUCAAUGCCAGAAAUGGGAUUGCAGCUAAAAGGUCCAAAACUCAAAGGGGAUAUUGAUGUAUCGAUACCAAAAGUUGAAGGAGACAUUGAAGCACCAGGAGUGGACAUCAAAGGCCCAAAAGUUGACAUCGAGGGCCCCAAGGGUGGAUUUGACAUGCCCAAAAUCAAAAUGCCAGAAUUUGGCUUUAAAGGUCCAAAAAUAGAGGGUCCUGAUGUCGACAUGAAUCUUCCAAAGGCCAAAAUUGAUGUCAAAGUCCCUGAGGUUGAUGUCAAUCUCCCUAAAACUGAUUUAGACAUCAAAGGUCCUGAUGUUGAUGUUGAAGUCCCAGAUGUCGACAUCGGGAGUCCAGGUUGGAAAAUAAAAGGACCUAAACUGAAGAUGCCCAAAAUUCCGAAGCCAAACAUAUCAAUGCCAGAAAUGGGAUUGCAGCUAAAAGGUCCUAAACUCAAAGGGGAUGUUGAUAUAUCUGUACCAAAAGUUGAAGGAGACAUUGAAGCACCAGAAGUGGACAUCAAAGGCCCAAAAGUUGACAUCGAGGGCCCCAAGGGUGGAUUUGACAUGCCCAAAAUCAAAAUGCCAGAAUUUGGCUUUAAAGGUCCAAAAAUAGAGGGUCCUGAUGUCGACAUGAAUCUUCCAAAGGCCAAAAUUGAUGUCAAAGUCCCUGAGGUUGAUGUCAAUCUCCCUAAAACUGAUUUAGACAUCAAGGGUCCUGAUGUUGAUGUUGAAGUACCAGAUGUCGACACGGGGAGUCCGGGUUGGAAAAUAAAAGGACCUAAACUGAAGAUGCCAAAAAUCCCGAAGCCAAACAUAUCAAUGCCAGAAAUGGGAUUGCAGCUAAAAGGUCCUAAACUCAAAGGGGAUGUUGAUAUAUCUGUACCAAAAGUUGAAGGAGACAUUGAAGCACCAGAAGUGGACAUCAAAGGCCCCAAAGUUGACAUCAAGGGCCCAAGUGGUGGAUUUGACAUGCCCAAAAUCAAAAUACCAGAGUUAGGCUUUAAAGGUCCAACAUUAGAAAGUCCUGAUGUUGACAUCCAUCUUCCUAAGGCUAAUAUUGAUGUCAAAGUCCCUGAAGUUGAUGUCAGUCUCCCUCAAACUGAUUUAGACAUAUCAGGACCAGAUGUAGAUCUUGAUGUACCAGAUGUCCACAUAGAUAGUCCAGGUUGGAAAAUGAAGGGACCAAAACUGAAGAUGCCUAAAAUCUCAAAGCCAAACAUAUCAAUGCCAGAAAUGGAUUUCCAUCUGAAAGGUCCUAAACUCAAAGGGGAUGUUGAUAUAUCUGUACCAAAAGUUGAAGGAGAUAUUGAAGCACCAGACGUGGCCAUCAAAGGCCCAGAAAUUGACAUUAAGGGCCCUAGUGGUGGAUUUGAAAUGCCCAAAAUAAAAAUGCCAGCAUUUGGCUUCAAAGGGCCAAAAAUAGAGGGCCCUGAUGUUAAUAUCAAUCUUCCAAAAGCCAAUGUUGAUGUCAAAGUACCUGCAGUGGAUGUCAGUCUCCCUAAAACGGAUUUAGACAUCAAGGGUCCAGAUUUCAAUGUUGAUGUACCAGAUGUCGACAUCGGGAGUCCGGGUUGGAAAAUAAAAGGACCUAAACUGAAAAUGCCCAAAAUCUCAAAGCCAAACAUUUCAAUGCCAGAAAUGGAUUUCCAUUUAAAAGGGCCAAAACCUAAAGGGGAUAUUGACGUAUCACUGCCAAAAGUUGAAGGAGACAUUGACACACCAGACGUGGCCAUCAAAGGCCCAGAAAUUGACAUUAAGGGCCCUAGUGGUGGAUUUGAAAUGCCCAAAAUAAAAAUGCCAGCAUUUGGCCUGAAAGGGCCAAAAAUAGAGGGCCCUGAUGUUGAUAUCAAUCUUCCAAAAGCCAAUAUUGAUGUCAAAGUCCCUGAAGUUGAUGUCAGUCUCCCUAAAACAGAUUUAGACAUCAAGGGUUCUGAUUUUGAUGUUGAAGUACCAGAUGUCAACAUCGGGAGUCCGGGCUGGAAAAUAAAGGGACCUAAACUGAAGAUGCCCAAAAUCCCAAAGCCAAACAUCUCAAUGCCUGAAAUGGAUUUCCACCUAAAAGGGCCGAAACUAAAAGGGGAUGUUGAUGUAUCAGUACCAAGAGUUGAUGGAGACAUUAAAGCACCAGAAGUGGAUAUCAAAGGCCCAAAUAUUGAUAUUAAGGGUCCCAAUGGUGCAUUUGAAAUGCCAAAACUCAAAGUGCCAGAAUUUGGCUUGAAAGGUCCAAAAGUAGAGGGUCCCGAUGUUGCCAUCGCCCUUACCAAGCCCAAUAUUGAUGUCAAAGUCCCAGAAGUUGAUGUUAGUCUCCCUAAAACUGAUGUAGACAUCACUGGACCAGAUAUAGAUGUUCAACUACAAGAGGCUGAAAUAGACAGUCCAGGUUGGAAAAUAAAGGGACCUAAACUGAAGAUGCCAAAAAUUUCAAUGCCAAACAUCACAAUACCAGAACUGAAUUUAAUAAAAGGUCCGAAACUCAAAGGGGAUGUUGAUGUAUCACUGCCAAAAGUUGAAGGAGACAUUGACGCACCAGAAAUCGACAUCAAAGGCCCUAAGAAUGGAUUUGAAAUGCCUAAAAUUAAAAUGCCAGAAUUGAGCUUGAAAGGUCCAAAACUUGAAGGUCCCAAUGUUGAUAUCAAUCUUCCAAAGGCCAAUAUUGAUGUCAAAGUCCCUGAAGUGGAUGUCAGUGUCCCUACAGCUGAUUUAGACAUCACGGGUCCAGAUUUUGAUGUUGAAGCACCAGAUGUCGACAUUGGGAGUCCAGGUUGGAAGAUAAAAGGACCUAAACUGAAGAUGCCCAAAAUCCCAAAGCCAAACAUCUCAAUGCCAGAAAUGGAUUUCCAUGUGAAAGGUCCUAAAUUCAAAGGGGAUGUUGAUGUAUCACUGCCAAAAGUUGAAGGCGACAUUAAAGCACCAGAAGUGGAUAUCAAAGGCCAAAAAAUUGACAUCAAAGGCCCCAGUGGUGGAUUUGAAAUGCCCAAAAUCAAAAUGCCACAAUUUAGCUUGAAAGGUCCAAAAGUAGAGGGUCCCGAUGUUGCCAUCAACCUUCCCAAGCCCAAUAUUGAUGUCAAAGUCCCAGAAGUUGAUGUCAGUCUCCCUAAAACUGAUUUAGACAUCAGGGGACCAGAUAUAGAUGUUCAACUACCAGAAGCUGAAAUCGACAGUCCAGGUUGGAAAAUAAAAGGACCUAAACUGAAGAUGCCAAAAAUUUCAAUGCCAAACAUUGCAAUGCCAGAACUGGAUUUAAAUCUAAAAGGUCCGAAACUCAAAGGGGAUAUUGAUGUAUCACUGCCAAAAGUUGAAGGAGACAUUGACGCACCAGAAAUGGACAUCAAAGGCCCAAAAAUUGACAUUAAAGGCCCUAAGAAUGGAUUUGAAAUGCCCAAAAUUAAAAUGCCAGAAUUGAGCUUGAAAGGUCCAAAACUUGAAGGUCCCGAUGUUGACAUCAAUCUUCCAAAGGCCAAUAUUGAUGUCAAAGUCCCUGAAGUGGAUGUCAGUGUCCCUAAAGCAGAUAUAGACAUCAAGGGGCCAGAUUUUGAUGUCGAAGUACCAGAUGUCGACAUUGGGAGUCCGGGUUGGAAGAUAAAAGGACCUAAACUGAAGAUGCCCAAAAUCCCAAAGCCAAACAUCUCAAUGCCAGAAAUGGAUUUCCAUCUAAAAGGGACGAAACUAAAAGGGGAUGUUGAUGUAUCAAUACCAAAAGUUGAAGGCGACAUUGCAGCACCAGAAGUUGAUAUCAAAGGCCCAAAUAUUGAUAUCAAGGGCCCCAAGGGUGCAUUUGAUAUGCCAAAAAUCAAAAUGCCACAAUUUGGCUUGAAAGGUCCAAAAGUAGAGGAUCCCGAUGUUGCCAUCAACCUUCCCAAGCCCAAUAUUGAUGUCAAUGUCCCAGAAGUUGAUGUCAGUCUCCCUAAAACUGAUUUAGACAUCACGGGACCAGAUAUAGAUGUUCAACUACCCAAAGCUGAAAUAGACAGUCCAGGUUGGAAAAUAAAGGGACCUAAACUGAAGAUGCCAAAAAUUUCAAUGCCAAACAUCGCAAUGCCAGAACUGGAUUUCAAUCUAAAAGGUCCGAAACUCAAAGGGGAUAUUGAUGUAUCACUGCCAAAAGUUGAAGGAGACAUUGACGCACCAGAAAUGGACAUCGAAGGCCCAAAAAUUGACAUUAAAGGCCCUAAGGGUGGAUUUGAAAUGCCCAAAAUUAAAAUGCCAGAAUUGAGUUUGAAAGGUCCAAAACUUGAAGGUCCCGAUGUUGACAUCAAUCUUCCAAAGGCCAAUAUUGAUGUCAAAGUGCCUGAAGUAGAUUUCAGUGUCCCUAAAGCUGAUUUAGACAUCAAGGGGCCAGAUUUUGAUGUUGACGCACCAGAUGUCGACAUUGGGAGUCCGGGUUGGAAAAUAAAAGGACCUAAACUGAAGAUGCCCAAAAUCCCAAAGCCAAACAUUUCAAUGCCAGAAAUGGACUUGAAUCUUAAAGGUCCUAAACUCAAAGGGGAUGUUGAUGUAUCAGUACCCAAAGUUAAAGGAGACAUUGAAGCACCAGAAGUAGACAUCAAAGGCCUCAAAAUUGACACUAAAGGCCCAAAGGGUGGAUUUGAAAUGCCCAAAAUUAAAAUGCCAGACUUUGGCAUUAAAGGUCCAAAAAUAGAGGGUCCUAAUGUGGACGUCAAUCUUCCAAAGGCCAAUAUUGAUGUCAAAGUCCCUGAAGUGGAUAUCAAUGUCCCUAAAGCUGAUUUAGACAUCAAGGGGCCAGAUUUUGAUGUUGAAGCACCAGAUGUCGACAUUGGGAGUCCGGGUUGGAAAAUAAAAGGACCUAAACUGAAGAUGCCCAAAAUCCCAAAGCCAAACAUUUCAAUGCCAGAAAUGGAUUUCCAUCUUAAAGGCCCUAAACUCAAAGGGGAUGUUGACGUAUCAGUACCAAAAAUUAAAGGAGACAUUGAAGCACCAGAAAUAGACAUCAAAGGCCCCAAAAUCGACACCAAAGGGCCAAAGGGUGGAUUUGAAAUGCCCAAAAUUAAAAUGCCAGACUUUGGCUUUAAAGGCCCAAAAAUAGAGGGUCCUGAUGUGGACUUCAAUCUUCCAAAGGCCAAUAUUGAUGUCAAAGUCCCUGAAGUGGAUUUCAGCGUCCCUAAAGCUGAUUUAGACAUCAAGGGGCCAGCUUGUGAUGUUGAAGCACCAGAUGUUGACAUCGGGAGUCCGGGUUGGAAAAUAAAAGGACCUAAACUAAAGAUGCCCAAAAUCUCAAAGCCAAACAUCUCAAUGCCAGAAAUGGAUUUCCAUCUGAAAGGUCCUAAACUCAAAGGAGAUGUUGAUAUAUCUGUACCAAAAGCUGAAGGAGACAUUGAAGCACCAGAAGUGGAUAUCCAAGGCCCAAAAAUGGACAUUAAAGGCCCCAAAGGUGGAUUUGAAAUGCCCAAAAUAAAAAUGCCAGAAUUUGGCUUUAAAGGGCCAAAAAUAGAGGGUCCGGAUGUUGACAUCAAUCUCCCAAAAGGCAGUAUUGAUGUCAAUGUCCCUAAAGUGGAUGUCAGUCUCCCUAAAACUGAUUUAGACAUCAAGGGUCCAGAUUUUGAUGUGGAAGCACCAGAUGUUGACAUCGGGAGUCCGGGUUGGAAAAUAAAAGGACCUAAACUGAAGAUGCCCAAAAUCUCAAAGCCAAACAUCUCAAUGCCAGAAAUGGAUUUCCAUCUGAAAGGUCCUAAACUCAAAGGAGAUGUUGAUAUGUCUGUACCAAAAGUUGAAGGAGACAUUGAAGCACCAGAAAUGGACAUCAAAGGUCCGACAAUUGACAUUAAGGGCUCCAGUGGUGGAUUUGAAAUGCCAAAAAUCAAAAUGCCAGAAUUUGGCUUUAAAGGGCCAAAAUUAGAGGGUUCUGAUGUUGACAUCAAUCUUCCAAAAGCCAAUAUUGAUGUCAAAGUCCCUGCAGUGGAUGUCAGUCUCCCUAAAACAGAUUUAGACAUCAAGGGUCCUGAUUUUGAUGUUGAAGUACCAGAAGUCGACAUUGGGAGUCCGGGCUGGAAAAUAAAAGGACCUAAACUGAAGAUGCCCAAAAUCCCAAAGCCAAACAUCUCAAUGCCAGAAAUGGAUUUCCAUCUAAAAGGGCCGAAACUAAAAGGGGAUGUUGAUGUAUCAGUACCAAGAGUUGAAGGAGACAUUGAAGCACCAGAAGUGGAUAUCAAAGGCCCAAAUAUUGAUAUCAAGGGCCCUAAGGGUGCAUUUGAAAUGCCAAAAAUCAAAAUGCCAGAAUUUGGCUUGAAAGGUCCAAAAGUAGAGGGUCCCGAUGUUGCCAUCAACCUUCCAAAGGCCAAUAUUGAUGUCAAAGUCCCAGAAGUUGAUGUCAGUCUCCCUAAAACUGAUUUAGACAUCACGGGACCAGAUAUAGAUGUUCAACUACCAAAAGCUGAAAUAGACAGUCCAGGUUGGAAAAUAAAGGGACCUAAAUUGAAGAUGCCAAAAAUUUCAAAGCCAAACAUAUCCAUGCCAGAAAUGGAUUUCCAUCUGAAAGGUCCAAAACUCAAAGGGGAUGUUGAUGUAUCGAUACCAAAAGUUGAAGGAGACAUUGAAGCACCAGGUUUGGAUAUCAAAGGCCCAAAAAUUGACAUCGAGGGCCCCAGUGGUGGGUUUGAAAUGCCCAAAAUCAAAAUGCCAGACUUUGGCUUUAAAGGUCCAAACAUUGAGGGUCCUGAUAUUGAUGUCAAAGUCCCUGAAGUUGAUAUCAGUCUCCCUAAAACUGAUUUAGACAUCAAGGGCUCAGAUUUUGAUGUUGAAGCACCAGAUGUCGACAUAGACAGUCCAGGUUGGAAAAUAAAGGGACCUAAACUGAAGAUGCCCAAAAUCUCAAAGCCAAACAUCUCAAUGCCAGAAAUGGAUUUCCAUCUAAAAGGGCCAAAACUAAAAGGGGAUGUUAAUGUAUCAGUACCAAAAGUUGAAGGAGACAUUGAAGCACCAGAAGUGGAUAUCAAAGGCCCAAAAAUUGACAUGAAAGGCCCUAAGCGUGGAUUUGAAAUGCCUAAAAUCAAAAUGCCAGAAUUUGGCUUUAAAGGUCCAAAACUAGAAGGGCCCGAUGUUGACAUCACGAUUCCCAAAGCUAAAAUUGAUGGAAUAGUCCCUGAGGUCGAACUUCAAGGCCCAGAUGUUGAACUCCCAAAAGUGGAUUUGGAUCUGAAAGACGUUAAAUCAGAAAUUGAAGUACCAGAUCUUGACAUUGACAGUCCCAGUGGUAAGAUCAAAGGACCAAAAUUCAAGAUGCCAAAGAUUUCAGGGCCAAGCAUCUCUAUGCCUGAUGUAGAUUUCCAACUGACAGGCCCUAAACUUAAAGGUGAUGUUAAUAUAGGUCAACCAAAUAUCGAAGCAGACAUAAAAGCACCAGAUGUCGAUUUUAAGGGUCCAAAACUUGAGACUAAGGGUUCCAAGAGCAGUUUUGGAUUACCAAAAUUCAAACUGCCAGACUUUGGGUUUAAAAGUAAAAAACUGGAGGGUUCUGGCAUUGACAUAACACCCCCCAAAGCUAAUAUUGACCUUAAGGGCCCUGGGUUGGACACUCAAGGUCCUGAAAUUAAUGUAAGUCUCCAAAAACCAAAUGUAGACCAUCACGUUCCUGAAUUAGACAUCCGAGGACCAGAUGUUGACAUCGGUGGUCCCAGUGGGAAAAUCAAAGGACCUAAAUUCCAGAUGCCAAAACUCUCCGGACCAAACAUCUCCAUGCCUGAUGUAGAUUUCAAUAUGAAAGGACCUAAACCUAAAGGCGAUGUUGACGUGUCACUUCCAAGUGUUGAGGGGGAUAUUAAAAUGCCAGAAAUGGAUAUCAAAGGACCCAAAGUUGGAAUUAAGGGCACCAAGACUGGAUUUGAAAUGCCAAAAAUUAGAAUGCCAGAAUUUGGUUUUAAAGGUCCAAGAAUGGAAGGUUCCGACCUUGAUAUUAACCUUCCAAAGGCUAAUAUUGAUGUCAAAAUCCCUGAGGUUAAAUUGAAAGCUCCAGAAGUUGAUGUAAACCUCCAAAAACCUGAUUUAGAUAUUAAGGGCCUAAACAUGGACAUUGAAGGACCAGAUGUUGACAUUGACAGUCCCAGUGGAAAAAUCAAAGGACCCAAAUUCAAGUUACCAAAAAUCACAGGACCAGGCCUCUCUAUGCCUGAUGUGGAUUUCAAUUUGAAAGGUCCUAAACUGAAAGGUGAUGUUGAUAUGUCACUAGCAAGUGUUGAUGGAGAUAUUAAAGUACCAGAAAUGGAUAUCAAAGGCCCAAAAGUUGACAUCAAGGGCCCCAAGGGUGGAUUUCAAAUGCCCAAAAUCAAAAUGCCAGAAUUUGGCUUCAAAGGUCCUAAACUAGAGGGCCCUGACCUUGACAUCAAUCUUCCCAAGGCAAAUAUUGAUGUCAAGGUUCCGGAGGUUGAACUGAAAGGUCCAGAAGUUGAUGUAAACCUUCCAAAAGCUGAUUUAGAUAUUAAGGGCCUAAGCAUGGACAUUGAAAGACCAGAUGUUGACAUUGACAGUCCCAGUGGAAAGAUCAAAGGACCCAAAUUCAAGAUGCCAAAAAUUACAGGACCAAGCAUUUCCAUGCCUGAUGUGGAUUUCCAAGUGAAAGGCCCAAAACUUAAAGGUGAUGUUGAUAUGUCACUACCAAGUGUUGAGGGAGAUAUAAAAGUACCGGAAAUGGAUAUCAAAGGACCCAAAGUUGGCAUCAAAGGUGCCAAGACUGGAUUUGAAAUGCCAAAAAUCAAAAUGCCUGAAUUUGGCUUCAAAGGUCCGAAACUUGAGGGCCUAGACGUUGACAUCAACCUUCCUAAGACCAACGUUGAUGUGAAGGUCCCAGGGGUUGAACUUAAAGGUCCAGAAGUUGAUGUAAAUCUCCCAAAAGGUGAUUUAGAUAUUAAGAGUCCCAAUGUGAACAUCGAAGGACCAGAUAUUGACAUUCAGAGUCCCAGUGGAAAGAUUAAAGGGCCAAAAUUCAAGAUGCCAAAACUCUCAGGACCCAAAAUUUCAUUUCCAGACGUUGAUUUCAAUCUGAAAAGCCCCACAUUAAAGGCAGAUGUGGAUCUUUCAACUAAACAUAUUGAGGGAGAUAUAAAAGGUAAAAAUGUUGACGUCAAAGGGCCGAACAUUGGAUUCGACCUUCCAAAAUUUAAAAUGCCCCAGUUUGGUGUCAAAGGUUCAAAUCUGGAGGGCCCGAAUGUUGAUGCAACUCUCCCCAAAUCUGAUCUGGACAUCAAGGGACCACAAAUAGACAUUAAAACGCCAGAUGUUGACACUGACAGUCCCAGUUGGAAAAUCAAGGGACCUAAAUUUAAUAUGCCAAAAAUCAAAGGUCCAAACAUCCCCAUGCCAAAUCUGGAUAUUAAUCUGAAAGGACCUAAACUCAAAGGUGAUAUGGAUAUGUCAGUUCCAAAUAUUGAAGGAGAUAUGAAAGCACCUGAAAUUGAAAUCAGAGGCCCAAAAGUUGACAUCGAGGGCCCCAAGGGUGGAUUUGACAUGCCAAAAAUCAAAACGCCUGAAUUUGAUGUGAAGGGCCCAAAACUAGAAGGUCCUGAUGUUGACAUCAAUUUUCCUCAAGCCAAUAUUGAUGUCAAAGUCCCUGAAGUGGAUUUCAGUCUCCCUAAAACAGAUUUUGACAUCAAGGGUCCCGAUUUCGAUGUUGAAGUACCAGAUGUCGACAUUGGGAGUCCAGGUUGGAAAAUAAAGGGACCCAACCUAAAGAUGCCUAAAAUUUCAAAACCAAACAUCUCAAUGCCAGAAAUGGAUUUUCAUUUAAAAGGUCCUAAACUCAAAGGAGAUGUGGAUGUUUCAGUACCAAAAGUUGAAGGAGACAUUGAAGUACCAGGAGUGGAUAUCAAAGGCCCAAAAGUUGACAUUAAGGGCUCCAAGGGUGGAUUUGGAAUACCGAAAAUUAAAAUGCCUGAUUUUGGCUUCAAAGGUCCAAACCUGGAAGGUCCCGAUGUUGACAUCAAUCCUCCGAAGGCCAGUAUUGAUAUAAAGGUCCCUGAAGUUGAUGUCAAUCUCCCCGAAGCUGAUUUAAAAAUCAAGGGUCCAGAUUUAGACGUUGACGUACCAGAUGUUGACAUUGGCAGUCCAGGCUGGAACAUCAAGGGACCCAAUUUAAAGAUGCCAAAAAUCUCCAAACCAAACAUUUCAAUGCCAGAAAUGGAUUUCCAUCUGAAAGGACCUAAAAUCAAAGGUGAUGUGGAUAUGUCAGUUCCAAAUAUAGAGGGAGACAUUGAAGCACCAGAAGUUGAUAUCAAAGGCCCAAAAGUGGACAUUAAGGGCCCCAAGGGUGGGUUUGAAAUGCCAAAAAUUAAAAUGCCUGAUUUUGGUUUUAAAAGUCCAAAACUGGAAGGUCCCGAUGUAGACAUCAACCUUCCCAAGGCCAACAUUGAUAUCAAGGUCCCUGAAGGUGAUUUCAGUCCCCCUAAUACAGAUGUGGACAUCAAAAGUCAGGAUUUAGACAUUGAAAUACCAGAUGUUGACAUUGGCAGUCCAGGUUGGAAAUUCAAGGGACCCAAUUUGAAGAUGCCAAAAUUCUCCAAACCAAACAUUUCAAUGCCAGAAAUGGAUUUCCAUCUGAAAGGCCCUAAACUCAAAGGGGAUAUUGAUGUAUCGAUACCAAAAGUUGAAGGAGACAUUGAAGCACCAGAAGUUGAUAUCAAAGGCCCAAAAGUUGACAUUAAGGGCCCCAAGGGUGGGUUUGAAAUGCCCAAAAUUAAAAUGCCUGAUUUUGGUUUUAAAAGUCCAAAACUGGAAGGUCCCGAUGUAGACAUCAACCUUCCCAAGGCUAAUAUCGAUAUCAACGUCCCUGAAUGUGAUUUCAGUCUCCCCAAAACAGAUGUAGACAUCAAGAGUCCAGAAUUUGACAUUGAAAGACCAGAUGUUGAUAUCGGCAGUCCAGGUUGGAAAAUAAAGGGACCCAAUUUGAAGAUGCCAAAAAUUUCAAAACCAAACAUUUCAAUGCCAGAACUGGAUUUCCAUCUGAAAGGUCCAAAACUCAAAGGGGAUAUUGAUGUAUCGAUACCAAAAGUUGAAGGAGACAUUGAAGCACCAGGAGUGGACAUCAAAGGCCCAAAAGUUGACAUCGAGGGCCCCAAGGGUGGAUUUGACAUGCCAAAAAUCAAAAUGCCAGAAUUUGGCUUUAAAGGUCCAAAAAUAGAGGGUCCUGAUGUCGACAUGAAUCUUCAAAAGGCCAAUAUUGAUGUCAAAGUCCCUGACGUUGAUGUCAAUCUCCCUAAAACUGAUUUAGACAUCGAGGGUCCAGAUUUCGAUGUUGAAGCACCAGAUGUUGACAUUGGGAGCCCUGGUUGGAAAAUAAAAGGACCUAAACUGAAGAUGCCCAAAAUCCCAAAGCCAAACAUCUCAAUGCCAGAAAUGGAUUUCCAUCUGAAAGGUCCUAAAUUCAAAGGGGAUGUUGAUGUAUCAAUGCCAAAAGUUGAAGGCGACAUUAAAGCACCAGAAGUGGAUAUCAAAGGCCCAAAAAUUGACAUCAAAGGCCCCAGUGGUGGAUUUGAAAUGCCCAAAAUCAAAAUGCCAGAGUUAGGCUUUAAAGGUCCAAAAUUGGAAAGUCCUGAUGUUGACAUCAAUCUUCCUAAGGCUAAUAUUGAUGUCAAAGUCCCUGAAGUUGAUGUCAGUCUACCUAAAACUGAUUUAGACAUAUCAGGACCAGAUUUAGAUGUUGAUGUACCAGAUGUUGACAUAGACAGUCCAGGCUGGAAAAUAAAGGGACCAAAACUGAAGAUGCCUAAAAUGUCAAAGCCAAACAUAUCGAUGCCAGAAAUGGAUUUUCAUCUGAAAGGUCCUAAACUCAAAGGGGAUGUUGAUAUAUCUGUACCAAAAGUUGAAGGAGACAUUGAAGCACUAGACGUGGACAUCAAAGCCCCAAAGAUUGAAAUCAAAGGGCCAAAGACUGGAUUUGGAAUGCCAAAAAUUAAAAUACCUGAAUUUGGCUUAAAAGGCACAAAACUAGAAGGUCCUGAUGUUGACAUGAAUCUUCCUAAAACCAACAUUGAUGUCACAGUCCCUGAAGUUGAUGUCAGUCUACCUAAAACUAAUUUAGACAUCAAGAGUCCAGAUAUAGAUGUUGAAGUACCAGGUGUCGACAUCGGGAGUCCAGGUUGGAAAUUAAAGGGACCUAAAUUCAAGAUGCCAACUGUGGAUUUCAAUCUGAAAGGUCCUCAAAUCAAAGCAGACAUAGAUGCAGGAGCGCCACAUGUUGAAGGAGAGAUAAAAGCACCAGGAAUAGAAAUCAAAGGGCCCAAAGGUGACAUCAAGGGGCCUGGAUUUGAGUUGCCUAGAAUACAAAUGCCAGAAUUUGGUUUGAAAGGUCCCAAUGUUGAGGGCCCUGAAGUUGACAUAAGCCUUCCUAAAUUCAAGGGCCAUAGUGAAGGGAAUAUUGAAUUGCCAAAAGCUGAACUUGAUGUGGAAGAUGUUAAUGUCGAUAUUCCAGGGUUCAGCACCAAGAAAGCUAAAUUCAAAAUGCCCAAGUUUGGUUUUCGGGGUCCAAAGAUCAAAAACCCAGAAACUGAUCUGAAACAGCCACAAGGAAAUAUCAACAUCAAAGGGAAGACUGGCAGUAUUGAAGGACUGGAUGUAGAUAUAGAUGUAACAGGCCCCAAAGUAAAAGGACACAAAUUUAAAAUGCCCAAAUUUGGUUUCAAGGUUCCUAAAGUGGAAAUUCCAGGAGCUGAUCUUCAUCUGACUAAGGAGGGUGGAGAGAUAGAAUUUCCAGAUGUUGACAUUAAAGGACCAGAAGUAAUAAGUGGUGAUCCUAAUGUAAAAAUCAAAGGCUCAAAGCUCAAAAUGCCAGAUGUAUCACUUUCAAAGGCUGACGUAGGUCUAAACAUACCAAGCGUUGAUAUAAAAGGUCCAGAAUUGCAGGAACCAAAUGUUGAUAUUAACCUCCCCAAGGCUGGUAUUGAUGUCAAAGCCCCAGAGGUCGAUAUUCAAGGGCUGGAUGUUGAUCCCAGUCUACCAAAAGUUAAUGUCAACAUUCGAGGACCUAAAGUAGAUAUUGAAGGGGCAGAUGUUGAUAUUGGCAUCCCUGGUGAGAAGAUCAAGGGACCAAAAUUCAAGAUGCCAAAGAUUUCAGGGCCAGGCAUCUCCAUGCCAGAUGUGGAUUUCAAUCUGAAAGGUCCGAAACUCAAGGGCGAUGUUGAUGUGUCAGUACCAAAAAUAGAUGGAGAUAUCAAAGGCCCAAAAGUUGACAUUAAGGGCUCCAAGGGUGGAUUUGAAAUGCCCAAAUUUAGAUUGCCAGAAUUUGGCUUCAAAGGUCCAAAACUGGAGGGCCCUGACAUUGACAUCAACAUUCCCAAAGCUGAUGUUGACAUCAAAGUCCCUGAGGUUGAACUUCAAGGUCCAGAAGUUGAUAUAAAUCUCCCCAAAGAUCAUUUGGAAAUUAAGGGAACAUCAUUGGACAUUGAAGCAACAGAUGUCAACAUUGAAAGUCCCAGUGGUAAGAUCAAGGGACCCAAAUUCAAGCUUCCCACAAUCUCAGGACCAAACAUCUCCUUUCCUGAUUUCAGUCUCAGAGGUCCCAAUGUCAAAGGUGAUGUAGAUUUGUCAGUACCUAAUUUUGAGGCUGAGAUAAAAGCCCCAACAAUGGAUAUCCAAGGCCCAAACACUGACAUUAAGGGCUCUAUGGGUGGAUUUGAAUUUCCUAAAUUGAAAAUGCCACAAUUUGGAUUCAAAGGUCCAAAACUGGAGAGUGCUGAUGUUGACAUCGACAUUCCCAAUGCUAAUAUUGAUGUCAAACUACCUGAGGUUGGCCUGCAGGGUCCUGCAGUUGAUAUUAGUUCCCCCAAGGGUGAUUUUAACAUUGAGGUUCCAAAACUGGACAUUGAAGGACAAGCUCUCGAUAUUGACAGUCCCAGUGGAAAACUUAAGGGACCAAAAUUCAAGAUGCCCAAGAUCUCAGGACCAAACCUCUCCAUGCCUGAUGUUGAUUUGCAACUGAAGGGGCUUAAAUUGAAAGGUGAUGUUGAUGUGUCAUUAUCAAAUAGUGAGGGUGAUUUCAAACGACCAGAAAUAGAUGUUAAAGGCCCCAAAAUUGACAUCAAGAGCCCCAAGACCGGAUUUGAAAUUCCAAAAAUCAAAAUCCCAGAAUUUGGCUUCAAAGGUCAAAAACUGGAGGGCCCUGAACUUGAAAUCAACCUCCCUAAGGCAAAUAUUGACACCAAAAUACCCGAGGUCGAGGUUAAAGGCCCCAAUGUUGAUGUUAACCUCACAAAAGCUGAUUUGGAUAUAAAAGGUCCAAAGAUGGACAUACGAGGACCAGAUGUUGACAUUGAUACUCCUAGUGGAAAGAUCGUGGGACCAAAAUUCAAAAUGCCAAAAAUCACAUCACCAAGCAUUUCCAUGCCUGAUGUAAAUUUCCAUGUGAAAGCUCCUAAAUUUAAAGGUGAUGUUGAUAUGUCAGUACCAAGUGUUGAGGGAGAUAUAAAAGCACCAGAAAUUGAUAUCAAAGGACCAAAAGUUGGCAUUAAGGGUGCCAAGACUGGAUUUGAAAUGCCAACAAUCAAAAUGCCAGAAUUUGGCUUCAAAGGUCCAAAACUGGAGGGCCCUGAAAUUGACAUCAACCCUCCCAAGGCUAAUAUUGAUGUCAAGAUCCCUGAGGUUGAACUGAGAGGUCGAGAAGUUGACAUAAAUAUCCCAAAAGUCAAUCUGAAAGGAGUCAAAGGUGAUGUAGACUUGUCAGUGCCUAAUUUUGAGGGUGAAACAAAAGCACCAAAAAUGGAUAUCAAAGGCCCAAAUAUUGACAUCAAAGGUUCUAUGGGUGGAUUUGAUGUUCCUAAAUUAAAAAUGCCACAAUUUGGCCUCAAAGGUCCAAAACUGGAAGCUCCUGAAAUUGACACUAGCAUUGAUGUGAGAGACCCUGACGUUGAAAUUCCAACGGGUGCAGUUGAAGGUCCAAACAUGAAAGGUGAUUUGUCAUAUCCCGAUUUAGAUGUCACCAUAAAGGGGAAGAAGGGCAAAUUCAAACUCCCUAAAGUGGUAGGAAAAGGAAAGAAACUCGAUAUUGACACAGACACACCGAGAACAGAUGUAACAGCGGGCACACCUAAUGUCAAUGUCCAUACAACAAAAGUGAAAAAGCCAAUUUUCGGGAAACUUCAUUUUCCUGAUGUAGAACUUGACAUCAAAUCCCCUAAAGUCAAAGGUGAUGGAACUUUCUCUGAGGAGUUGAAAUCCCCCGCUGUAGAGUUACAGGAUUCUGUUACAGGCAGUCCAAAUAUUAGUUACGAAAGCUCAGAUGUGAAAUUUAAGGCUCCCCAGAUCAGCCUGCCAAACAUCAAUGUUUCUCCUGCAGGUGGCACAUUUAGAGGCCUUCAAUAUCCCGAAGGUACGGUAACAUUCCCCAAGCUCAAGUUACCACAGUUUGGUUUUAGUAAGCCACAGUAUGAGGGCCAGGAGGGUGAUGGCAAAGGUGCAACAGGCAUAACAGCUAGUGGAGAGCUUCGCUGCUCCCAGGAUUUUACAGUUUCCAGUCCAGAGAUAAGGCAAAGUGAAGGAAAGAUAAAGGUGAAGUUCCCAAAUUUUUUUGGCAAAUCAAAAUCAAAGGGCAGGAGUGCAGGGGAGCUUCGGGGAACAGAGGUAGAACUGAGUACCAGUGGAAAAGGUGAAGUCUCUAAAGGUCUCAGUGUACAAGGUGGAAGAGGGAAAUUACAAUUUGAGGGUGAUGCUGGACUCAGUGUUUCCCCCAAAAGCAAGUCUGCAUCACUGGAUCUUUUCAAGAAGUCACGACAUCGGUCUUCCUCUCAUAGUGAUGAGGGUGGGCUUGCAGUUAUUUCCCCUUCAGGGCACCUUGGAGCAGAGGGCAGUGAUAUUUCAGUAGACCUAAGUGGACCAAAGAUCAAAGGAAAGAAAGGCAAGUUGAAGUUUGGCACUUUUGGAGGUUUUGGUUCCAAGUCAAAGGGCUCGUAUGAAGUAACGUAUGGUGAAGGUAGCGAAGCAGGAGUAGAGGGUAGUGCAGGUAUGUCAUUGGCCUCCUCAAAACCUAGAUUGUCCUCAUCGUCUAGCAGUGAUAGUGGGUCAAAGGGUGCUCUAAAGUUCCCAAAAAUUGAACUGUCUGUAUCACCCAAAAAUGAUUGAGUGCUGUUGACUUUGUAAAAUCAUUUAGCUAUUUAUCUUCUGUCCACAUCCACAUACACCAGAUACUAGAUUUAUGGGAUUGUCAAAUAUCAGUUUGCCAAUCAUCGAGAAAAUCCUGCCAUCCCAUAUUUAAACAUACUAGUGAUUGACAGAAAGGACAGGGAUAAUUUAAGGCCCCAACAAACUGUAAAUAAAAUGUAAUAAAUAUUGUUUUUCUGUACAUAGUCAAGAUUUAUUGAGAAUAUACCAUCUCAGCAAUUUUUUCACUAACAUUGUAUUACUGGUAUUAUUUUGUCCUGUUUCAUUCAAUUAUAUGUUGUUCAUAAAUGGGUGUGGUGUAAUUUUAUGCAGGGUCUGUUUCACUGAACAGUCAAAGUAGUUAUUUUGAAGGAACUUGUAGUUUAUAAAAUUAAACACAAAUAUAAUUUGUUUCAUCAUACAAGUAUAAUUUGUUCAUCAUACAGCUGGGUCUCUAUAACAUAUUCUUUAAGUCUGGUGAAGUUUUAUAGAUGAUAAUUUCCCUGACAGGUCACUACAUUUAAAAACUUUUUUUUUUUUCCCAGCGCACCUUAUCAUCCUUAAAAGACUGUCCACUUUUGCUCUGCAGCUGUUAUUUUAAUUUUUUUUUUUUUUUUUUUUUUUUAAAACCUGUUUAUUGUACAGUUUACCUGGUCAUGUUUUGCACCCUUCAUACAGCAUCAAACGUCACAAAUAAUAAAUGCUAUUGAUUGUAUUAGAUAUAAACCAUCCUGAGAGUUUUGAUCAGAAAUUUUCAGACAAUGAUUUGUUUUUCCUUGUGUUCAUUCUGCCUGACAAACUAAUUAAAAUGUAUAGAAAGUUG